CAUGUGAAAGAGGCGGAACUAGAGAAGUCACGUGAAAAUGAUUCUUAAGGGAAAUAGAGCGGAGGUAUAGAGAUAAAGAGAAAUGUUAAGUAGAACAUGUAAUUCUGGUCUCUAUUUGAUCACCAUGUGCAAAGGGGGCGGCGGGACAGGCCCAGUGCAGAAAGGCUGGUCAACCCACAGAUCUCUAUGGUGUUCUGUCUUGUUUCUUUGCCUCGCACGUUCAUUCGGGAACUAGCAAAGCCACGGCCGUUUCACUGAGUCCGUUGAGAGAGGAAGGAUGAAAGUGUUUGCACGCGUGUACCUAUAUGGUACUCAGCGUGAAGGACGUUUCCUGAUCACGUGAGCGGAGUUGUAUUUUCCGCUUCCGGUUUGUGGCCUGAAGGCAGAACGGAGCAUGGAGGCAAGACUUGUACCUCGCCGAGUUGCGAGGAUGGAGAGAAAGCGGCUUUGGGUCGGGGAGGGGUGGGCUGAAGCGGAUGAGAAGGACCAAGUCGAUCGCAUGGCGGCCGCUGGUGCCGCCGAGGAAGAGAUCAGUCGAGCUCAUCACUUGGCUCUUGUGGCGGAGAAGCCCGCGGCGGAGCGUGGCCUGGAGGAGCUGGUAUUCGGAGACGCGGAGGAAGGAGAAAGCUUGCUGCGGCGCUUGCAAGGCCCAUUCGCACAGGUAUUGGGCGGGAGCCUCUUUUGUUCUCAGGUUGGCAGUGUGGUCAGUGGGAAUCUCCUGGAAGAAGAGUCUGAUGACUCUGAAGUGGAGAAUGAAAUGGAAGACCUUCCAUGUAAAAAGCCAGCAUGGGUAGAUGAAGAUGAUGAAGAUGAGGAAAUUAUUGACAUGACCCAUCGAUAUCGGAAAAACAUGGUGAAAAGUGAUGCAGAAAAGAAGCUUAUAAAAGAAAAACUUCAAAGAAGACUUCAAGAACAAUUUCAUAGUGCAAUGGGAGCAACCCCUUCUUGGGCAGUGAGGAACUUGAAGAAGAAAGUAAGAAAAGACAUAAAUGAAGAUGAUAGUGAAGAAGAAGAAGAUGAUCUGUUACGCAAGACAGGCAAUUUUGUAACAGCUUCAGACUCUUUACCAAGAGGCAUUUUACAGAUGAAAAACUGCUUGCCUGCUAAUAACGAACGCCAGUCAGAUGCAAAACUGACAACUGUGCAGUUCCAUCCUUCUGCUCAAGUUGUUAUGACAGCUGGCCUUGAUCGGUCUGUAUCACUGUUCCAGGUGGAUGGUAUCACUAAUCCAAAGAUACAGAGCAUUCAUUUAGAAGGCUUUCCAGUGUACAAAGCAUGUUUCAGUGCAGAUGGAGAACAGGUUAUUGCCACUAGCGUACACAAGAAGUUGUUCUAUAUAUAUGAUAUGAUGGCUGGAAAAAUAAUUCCUAUAAACCAUAUCAGAGGUUUAGAGGAGAAGAUUGUCAGAAAAUUUGAGGUAUCUCCAGAUGGAAGAUUCCUGCUCUUUAGUGGGUCAUCAGGCUAUCUGCAUUUGGUAACAAUGAAGACGAAAGAGUUUGUUGGGAGCAUGAAAAUAAAUGGGAGGGCUGCUGAAUCAUAUUUCUGUCCAGACAGCAGCAAAGUCUUCACACAUUCUCUUGAGGGUGAAGUUUUCAUAUGGGAUGUAAAAAGUAGACGAUGUCUGAACAGAUUUACUGAUGAAGGAUGUCUGCGUGGUACAUCUAUUGCUGUCUCCAAAAACAACCAAUAUGUGGCAUGUGGUUCCAGUUCUGGAGUUGUGAAUGUGUAUGCCCAGGAUAAUUGUCUCAGAGAAACAAGUCCUAAACCUCUUAAAGCUAUAAUGAACUUAGUCACACCUGCUACAUCGUUAUCCUUCAAUUCCACAACUGAAAUAUUGGCAAUGGCUUCUAAUAAAAUAGAUGAGGCAGUAAAGCUGGUCCACAUUCCUUCAUUUACUGUAUUCUCAAAUUUUCCAGUAUUCAGAAGAAAACUAAUAUACUUAGCUAACUCCAUGGACUUCUCACCCAGAAGUGGAUAUUUUUCUAUAGCAAAUAGCAAAGGCAAAGCUUUAUUGUAUAGAUUGAAACACUACUCAGAUUUCUAAACUGACUACUUUAGACUGAGGAUGCAACUUUUUUAAAAAAAGGGUUGAUUUCCAACAUAAUGACUGAAUGGUACCAGCAAAUAUGGUCAACUGCAAUGGAAAACUAAAAGGGAUAAAAAUAACUUAAGACCAACUAAAGACAACUUCCAGGCAACAUAGUAUAGUUUCAUCAUCUAUGUGGCACAAGAAUAACAUCAUUGGAAACCACCGUUCAUGCAUGGAUGACUUUGGAGAGACUCCGUAAGAUAACUUUGAAAAGAACAGAAGAUACAUAUUAAAUAAUUGCAGCUGAUAUAAAUUGUGAUAUACUUGGAAAAUGUAACAUGACUCGUGCUUAAUUUUGUUACUUAUUAUGGAAGUUUUAUAUUGUGUUGAUUCUUGUAUGAAAAUGAAAUAAAAUACAUAUUUGUAAAAGGUG